GAUAUAACAGUAAAAAUAUCCAGCAGCAGCAGCAGCAACGCUGCAGCAUAGCAAGCUCAUGUACAGAAGAUAAAGGCUGGGGAUGGAUAGAGGGGGAGGGAGGGCAGGGAUGGGUGGUGAGCAGUAUGUUUCUCCUGUAUGCAGCUCAGUGACACAGCCCUAUUGGAGCAGCAGCUGGUGCAGCAUUGCAAGUGCACACACUGAUAAACCAGUAUGAAAUUCCCUGGCUCGGUGCUGGUAUCAGUCUCUCUGUUUGUGGCAGAGACAGUGACCGCCCUGUACAUAAGCAGCACAUACAGAUCGGCCGGAGACCAGAUCUGGCAGUCCCUGACCCUCCUCUUCUCCCUCCUGCCCUGUGUGCUGGUGCAGAUAAGUCUCAUCUUCAUUCACAGGGACCUGAGCAGGGACAGACCGCUGGUGCUGCUGCUGCAUCUACUGCAGCUGGGACCUUUAGUCAGAUGUAUUGAAGUUCUCUUCAUAUACUUCACUGCUGGUAAAGUUGAGGAGCCCUAUGUUAGCAUCACCAAGAAGAAGCAGCUGCCCAAAGGAGGUUGUAGUGAUGAAGUGGAGAAGGAGCUGGGUCAAGCAGAAAGAAAACUAUAUACACAUAGGUCUGCCUUCAGCCGAGCAUCCGUCAUCCAAGCUUUCCUGGGAUCAGCACCUCAAGUGACGCUUCAGCUAUAUAUAUGUGUAUUGCAGAGAAAUGUCACAACACCAUUGUGUGUUUUUAUGAGCAUCUCCUUACUGUCUAUUGUUUAUGGAGCAAUGCGCUGCAACAUUCUGGCCAUAAAGAUCAAGUACGAUGACUAUGAUAUCAGUGUCAAACCAGUUGCUUAUAUCUGCAUAUUCCUGUGGAGAAGUUUUGAGAUUGCCACUCGAGUGAUUGUCCUUGUUCUGUUCAGCUCUGUCCUUCAAAUAUGGACAUUACCGGUGGUGUUAUUAAACUUCAUCGUGUUUUUCUUUUACCCAUGGAUUCUUUUUUGGCAGAGCAAAUCUCCCUUUCCUGAAAACAUCGAGAAGGCUUUGUCCAGGGUUGGCACUACUAUGGUACUCUGUUUCCUUACUUUCCUGUAUGCCGGCAUCAAUAUGUUCUGCUGGUCUGCUGUUCAACUGAAACUUAACGACUCAGACCUAAUCAAUAAGUCCCAAAACUGGUAUCGUAUGGCUGUUUAUUACAUGGUGAGAUUCAUUGAAAAUGCUGUCCUACUUCUGCUGUGGUAUAUGUAUAGAACAGAGGUGUAUAUGUAUUUAUGUGCCCCACUGGUGGUGCUGCAGCUUUUGGUUGCUUAUUGUUUGUCAGUUCUGUUCAUGCUCAUUUUCUACCAGUUUUGCCAUCCCUGCAAAAAACUUUUCUCCACAAGUAUUUCUCAGGGGCUCCUAUCCUGCUUCAAGUUCCUGUGCUACCUUUGUAUACCCUCUAAAGCUCCAAACAAGGGGGAUAAAUUUGGAGCCAAACUGUCUGAUAGCUCUGAUAUGAGUGAGCAUAUGAGCGGCAAGGCUGUGGAAGUUCAAAAUGGAAACCCAGAGCUGGGUGCGUCUUCCAGUCCCUAAGUGUGGUCUUGUUGAUUUUUUUUGAUGUCACUAUACUUUCAUCCUCACAGGAUAUAUAUGCAUUUUUUUUUGCCUUAAUGCAUGUAAGUUACCUUAUGUAGGUAUUGCACUCAAGGCAAUCUAAAGGCGGUAUCUGUUAUUGCUAAGGAGCAGGUCUGUUUCAUACAUUUCUUAUGCUACUUACACACAAACGUAUUUUCUGUUGGAAAAAAAAAUCGGAUGAUUUUUUCGACGGAAUUCCGCUCAAGCUUGGCUUG